UUUUGAUAUCUCUAAUUUUUUUUAGCAUUUCUUUAUUUAAAUUAUAUUUGAUUUAUGGUCAAAGUGUGCAACAAUUUGACCAAUUUAUGGUGAAUAGUAACUUUUUUUGUGGGAAGGGGAAGUACAGCCGAUGCUAAUCCAGUAUUUUAGAUCUAAAAUUUCGCCCUCUUACAUCUCCAAUCUUCAUCUGUGUCUUCCCUUCUCGAGAAGAACAUCGCAUGUCCGAUCCUUCCUCUCUUCGUUCUUUUCGUUGGCUGAUUCCCAUCUACGACAACCUGAGAGAUUCGGAGCAGCUCUUGCCACCUUCAUCUACGUCUUCUCCAGAAGAACAGAACCGGAAAAGGAGCCAGGAGCGGAUCGAGGAUUUAGGUGUACCUCUCUGUGAUGGUGUUUGUAUUUAUUUAUCACUGGGUUUGCUACUGCUCUUAGUCUCCGUCUGGAAUCUGGAUUUAGUUUCCGCCAUCGAUGUCCUGGUCCAGUUGGACGAACUAAAUCAACCUAUCUACGAGGAGUCUAUCUAUUUGAAGAUUAUCUCGUAGCCAUCACGGGUGCUUGAGUGCUACAUAAUCUUUCUUGUCUGUAGGUUCACACAUAAGAUCAGAUUUCAAUCACAUUGGAUGCUCAAUGCCUGUAGACAGAGUAGGAAACCCUCCAUGGAUCCCUGGUCUCCACCUAGAAAAUAAUACCCAGAAAGCACAGCUUCCCGAACUGCUACCACCGUUCCCUGGAGGCGCGAGUUGCAUCAUUAUAUCGUGAUUGGACAAGCUCUCUUCCGGUUUGGCAAUGAGUCUUCUUGAUGUUAAGCCAAGUAGAUGCAUUUAACUUUAUUAAGUUCUAUCCUCUUUUUUGGGUUUAGACUUAUUAUAGUGUUGUUGCUACACCUCUCUUCUUUCCAUCAACUGUUGCUUCUCUUACUCCCCAUACCUAUAUGUGGGGAGGCCAAGUGAUUUAUGCCUAUUCAAAUCAUUAAUUAAUGUUAUACAUAAAUUUUCACACAUCUU